AUGGGUCAAGAUUUAGAGCUGGAUUUUGAAAAGUACUGUGUAGUGGAUGCAAGUCCCAAGACUGUUCUUCCUUCUCCUCAUCAUCAUCAUCAUUCAAAUCUUGAAAAGAGAAAGGUUAGAAAGAAACCUAAACCCAAGUUGAGAAAUGAAGUAUCAUCAUCCUUGAGUCAAAACAAGGAAUUUACAGAAAUAACCUUCAAUCGAUACCGAAGUGCAUCCUGUAGAACUGCUCCUUCAAUUAGGUUACAAGUUGAUGAAGAAGCACCAAGAAGAGAUGAGGAUACUAAUAAUAAUUCAGUCAAUUCAGUCAACAAGGAGAAUCUUUCCAUUUCAAUCCCUUUACAUAAAUCUCUAUCUUCAAGAUUAUCAAUCCCCCAAUCUCCCACCAAAUCAGAAACCGAUUCUUCUUCCUCGUCAAAGACUCGUUUCAGUCCUUUCAGAAAGAUGUUUGACCCCUUCACAAAGUCAAAGUCUCACAAGAUCGAAGAACCGAAUGAAGCAACAUCAUCAAGAAAGACUACUUUGAGAAAAUCAUUGCUAAAUGAUUUCUCAAACACCGAUGAGGGUAAGAAAAAAGAUUCUUGUAGCUCAAUCCUAUCAUCAUCUUCUUCUUCUUCAGCUGCUCACUUGAGUGGGAUUCUUAAGGUGAGAAACAAGAAUGGGAUGCCAUAUUUUGAGUUUUCUGUAAAGAAUCCACAUGAUGUUUGGGUCGCAAAAACAUGGAAUAUGGGAGAUGGAUUUAAUUGGGUGUAUACUUUUCACAUGGCUCAAAACAGAAGAUCAAGUAAUGUCAGUGGACAUGGAUCAUCUAAGGAUCAUCAUCAUCAUCAUAGAAAUGGAAGUAAAGAGUUUUUAAUGAUGGCUCAGAUGCAAGUUUCUUGUUAUUUAUGUACAGAAUUGAUAAAUCCAGGAGCUUUCAAUAACUCCAUGCUCACAGAAUUUGUGUUAUAUGAUCUUACACGCCCAAAAGAAACCCAAAUUGACCAAGAAAAAGUCAACAACAUUAAUUCUUCAAAUUCAAAUCCAUGGCCUGUGAAAGAUUUACAUCCGGAUCUUGAAACUGCAGCCAUUGUUUUACAGUUUCCAUUGAAAAACAAAGAAGGGGAUAUGAGAAAUCAUGAUCUUGUUGAAACUUCAACCCCAACAAGAGUUAAUGUGGUGAUUCCUUCAGGUAACCAUGGUUUGCCAUUGCCAGGUGGCGAAGGUGAAGCUCGUGGUGGGGCCUCCCGGUUACUUGACAGGUGGCGAAUGGGUGGAGGUUGUGAUUGUGGAGGGUGGGACAUGGGGUGUCCCCUUGUUGUUUUUGGCAAUCAUCACGUGAAAACAGAUGUGGAGAUUUUCUUCAAGGGGAGUAAAGAGAAGAUGCCAGGUUUGACCAUGAAGUUGACCGAAGAGGGACAAUAUGUGGUUGACUUUCAUGCACAGUUAAGUUCACUACAAGCUUUCUCCAUAUGUGUUGCUAUGUUGCAUGGAACAGAAGCUUCCAUUGUUGCAUGUGGAGGAGAUGUGAAGAGGAAGAUUUUGAAAUGUGAUUCUUUGAGGGUUUUUAUUGAGGAUGAAGUCAAACACUUGAUGGAGGCUAUGGCAGAGGGGCAAAAAGGGAAAUCAAGUAAGAAUGUUGAUGAAAUUUUAUCUACUUUUGUAGUUAAUCCACCGUUUUCUCCAAUGUCUCGUGCAUGAAUGAUGAAGCCUAAAAUGAUUUUGCAUAAUCUUUAGAUAGGUUUAGUUUGUUAGGAACAAUUUGAGGGGGAAAACAAAAUUGUUUAUAUUGUUGGUUCAUUUAAGAAUGCAUGGGAAAGAGGAUUUUUUUUUUUUUUAAUUUUUAGUUUUAGUUUUGUAAGUUAUAUGAAGGUGGUGU